GAUCAUCUGUUGUCGUCAGCCUUCGUGAAAGUUCUGAGAAAAGUUUUUAAAAAAUCAAAAAUAACACCUCCCUCGUGUAAGACCAAGGGCUCAGGGGCAUGAUUUGAGUCCGCGAAUAACAGUAGGUCAUAAGAGAGCGAUAAGAGGGAAGGAGAAGAGGGAGAGAGAGAGGAAAAGGAGAGAGAAAGGGGAAAAGGACGAAGAGGAGGCGGACGAGGGCGUCUACUCUCUCUCCUCUUUUUGGCUCUUCUUGAAAUCCUCUUUCGGAAAAGGCGAGACAUUCGGUCACUCGCUCAAAGUAAGAGGAAGAGGCGGCCGAUUCCUUCGAGAGAAAAAGAGAGGCCCCCGAACCCAUGAGAAUUGCGUGAGAGGAGAAACCCGAACCGAGGAUUUAGGAAGGUGGUGACCCGUUUAGCUGAGAAGCCUCGGGGAUAUUUAGCUUUUUUUUAUGUUUAUUUAGUUGUUCAGCUUGACACGUUUGCCUCAUCUCAACGGUGAAAAAUGAUUAUCGAUCAUCCAGAACUAUUGAAGCAGUGGUUAACGGGCUUCUUAGCGCCUCUGUGUGAUGCUGACCCAGAAGCCUUAGCCAAAUACUGCCUUGCUUUAGUUCGUAAGGACCGCCCCAUUUCAGAGCUGAAGGCUGGCAUGAUUGAGCAGCUCGAUGUUUUUCUUCAGAGCAAUACCAAGUCAUUCGUUGAUAAGUUUUUACAAGUAACUACCACACGGUCAUAUAUACCAAAGAGCUCCAGUUCAUCACUGUCGUCGUCUACAGGGCCUUUUUCGACAGACCCAUCCUCUCCUAGUCUGAAUAAUAAUAGUGACUCUGGCCCGCCGCCAUUACCCCCGACCCCAGUUUCAAAGCAGUCAUCUGGGCACUCUCCUGAUUCAACCACCCCCCCAAACGCAGUUCCUCCACCUGCUACCUCCUCAUCUACAGGCAUGCAGCCUGCCCCACCUCCACCACCCCCAAGUUCUGCUGCUGCCCCUCCUCCACCUCCACCCCCUGAGUCCGCCCCUCCCCCACCUGUCCCUGCAUCUGUCAUCACUCGUAAGGAGGAAGUGUCCUCCUCACAGAGAUCCAGAAAGUCAGAAUCUGAUCGAGAUCGUGAUGAUAGACGGGGAAGACGGAGGUCACCAUCACGGGGAAGAUCCAGGUCUCGUUCACGUUCCAGGUCAAGGAGUAGAGACAGGUCAAGGAGAUCACGUUCACGGGGUCGCUCUGGACGCAGUAAAUAUGAGGACAGGAGAAGGAGAUCACCACCAACCAAAAGAUAUCGUAGAUCAAGAACACGCUCCCGAACCAGAAGUCCAAGACGGUCAAGAAGUCCACGCCGCUCCAGGUCAAGAGAGAGAAGAUCGAGGUCUAGAAACAGGUCGCGCUCCAUUAGUCCAAGAAACAACAGGACAUCGGGCCGAGGCAGAUCACCGCCUCCAACCCCACGGUCACCAACGCCCCCAAGGAAAUCAAAAUCAUUGCCUAGAGAUGAAAAGAGAGAAAGUCCACAUGGAACCUCACCUGUUGCUGAGGUGAGACCAGAGCCAAGGAGUGAUCCAAGUUCCGUUAUCCAAAGUGUCAUUGCUGUUAAGCAUACAGAUUUUGUGGCACCACCACCAGCAGGCAAGAAACAGAGGUGUCGUGAUUAUGAUGAGAAAGGUUAUUGUAUGCGAGGUGACAUGUGUCCCUUCGACCAUGGCUCAGACCCCGUGGUGCUUGAGGGUAUUGGGGCAGUGCUGGACUUUCCUCCACCUCCAGUGCCAGGUGCCCAAGGGUACACUCCAGCACCUGCUCCACCACAGGGAGUGCCAAGACCCAGGCAUCCUCCCCCAAGACAUCCACAGUAUGGUAAGACAAUUGGUGAGUAUACCCCCCGUGACCCAAGCUUGUGGGGAGGUCAGGUCAACAGCAGCACAGGACCUUACUAUGGAGCCAGUGGUGGUCAGGGAAGAGGGACAAGCGGCGGGGGUCCCCGUUUCUCGGCACCUCCACCCCCUCUCCCUAGUGGCACAUCUAGGGAACUCAUCAGUGUGCCAGUCAAUAACGAGGCAUCCAUGGUGUCAAGUGGCGGAGUAAGACCAUCUCUAGCCAAGCGCUUAGGACCAGCAGUUCCUCCAGCAAACAACGUCAUGCCCAUGGCUUCAAAGCCAGGACGACCUGACCUUGACAAUUGUACAUUGGAGCUGAAAAAAAUACCACCAGGAUUGAACACCAUUUCUCAUCUGAAUGACCAUUUUGCAAAGUUUGGGACUAUUGUCAAUAUUCAGGUUCAAAACGAAGGUAAUCCAGAGUCAGCCCUGGUGACAUUCGCAAGCCAUUCAGAAGCAAAUGCAGCAUACCGCAGUACAGAGGCAGUGCUCAACAACAGGUUUAUCAAGCUAUUUUGGCACAACCCACAGAAUAAACCAGAUCGUCCUGGAAGUUACCCGUCCCACACUGUCAGACCUGUGCAUGACAGACUGGGCGUCAGACAUCCUAACAAAACCCUCAACAAGAUGGUGGUGGAGCACACAAGUGAGGACAAAAAUGAAAAGGUGAUGAUCUCUCGAGGCAGCUUAGUCAAGACUGUUUACAACACUCAUGCCCUCCAUUCUGCUGCUGCUGCUACUGCUGUUGCCUCUUCUACUGCAGCUGGCCCCGCAACUGGAGCUGUUACUCCCACCUCCCCUGUCAGUGGCCCUCCCUCUUUACCUGCCACAGCACCUGACUCAACACAGACUGCUGCCGACAGUAAAAGACAAGAGAUUGAUGCAAUCUUUAAGCAGCGAGAAUUAUUAGCUGCAGAGGUCGCUGCUAAACAGAAGGUGGAAAAACAGAAGGCAGAAGCUUUAAAGCUAAAGUCAGAGGUUGAGCAGAGGAAGAGAAUGCUGUUGGACAAACAGAUGCAACAGCUCAAGGUACUUGUAACAAAAUUUGACAAAAACAAAGCCACCAUGAAAGCAGAAGAGAAAAAAUUACUCCUAGAAACUAUCAAAUCCUUGCAAGCAGCCAUUGACACAACAAGAUCACAGCUCGUAGCAGGGGAGACCCCCAAAAGUAAAGUCCAAGUAGACAGAGAAAUACUUGACACUGAACUAGAGCUGUACACUGUCCAAGCUGAAGGAGGAGACAUUUCCAAGCUCCGUGCACGACUCAACCAGCUGCGAGCACAACAGCAGGCUGCAGGUUACCCUCCUUCAAGAUCUGCAAGACAUGCGCCAUAUAGCACUGCAAGAGGAGGCCAUUACGGGCGAGGAAGAGGAGUAACAAGCCUGGCCCGAGGAGGUUUGAGAGGACGGGGCAGGGGCAGAGGGUACGGUGGGCACUCGUUUUCAUCCGUUGAUCGAAGAACCACCAAGAUCAAUGCCUCUGGGUUUGAACGUGAAGAUAAGGAGGAAGUGUUGGCUCACUUUUCGACCUUGGGCACUGUCUCCAAUUAUAUCUGGGAUGAUCAGACUCCGGCUGUCACAAUUCAGUACUCAUCACGUCGAGAGGCAGAAAAGGCAAUGUCAGAGGGUAGAACUCUUGGUGAUCGGCUUCUGACCCUCACCUGGGCCUUUGAUUCCCCCCUGCCUGUAUCCUCACAGGCUGCGGGAGGAGUGGCUGGAGGGCAUCAUGUGGCUACACAUGCAUACUCUAAUGUUGCCCCACACUCCACCACUCCAUCUCUCUCCCCGGAUGACACACUAGAGGAAAUAACAGAGGAAAUAGUGGAAGAAGUGGAAACUGAAGAAGGGGAGCACCCUGAACUCUUUGAAGAAGAGGAAGAAGUAGAAGAGGAUGAGGAAGAAGUCAGAUCAUGGAGGAGGUAGAAUAGGUAGUAAAGAUGGUUAGAAAAAUAUAAUGGGGUGGAAGGCACAAAAUGAGGAGUGGAAUGUAGCAUUAUUAUAUUGUAGUGUGUGCGUGUGGUGUGUGUAUGUUGGAGGACUCAUUUCAGUGAGGGUGAGAUGAGCCUGCUGAUCAUGUAUACCCUCCCUCCAUACCCCAUCGUUCAUCACUCCUUGUGUAUAUCCACCCAUUUUCUCUCUCUCUCUCUCUGUUUUUAAUUCCAUGACUUGGUCACCUAGCAUUCAUCAUAGUGUAAACAAACAAACCAUGUUGCAUAGGUAACUCGUCACAUCACAUGAAGGAAAAUUCAUAUAUGUCAUGAAAUGAAGUGAUAUUUAGCACGUGAUAAUAAGGCAUUCUUUCAUGGGUUCAUCUGUGGUACAGUACUUUAAUGUAGGCUUGUUAAGGUUUAAGACAUGAUAUGUAAUCAUUCUGAAUGGAUGUGGGAAUUGACCUCAAAGGAAUAUUAUUAACUGCUAUAUCUUUGACUUUGUUUAUUACAAUUAAAAUGUUGUGGAGGAAUAUACAGACAGAUACAUUAUUUGUGAUGUGAAUUAUUAAAAAACAGUUUCAAAAUUAUUCUAAAUACUGACUUCACAUAUAUGUGAACCUUAGACUGUAUAUAUAAUAUUCACUCAGGUUCACUAAUGGGUUGGCUUUAAAAAAAAGGAUAUACAAAAUUAAAUUUCUAAUAUAUUUUUCUUACUUUGAUUAAAAGUCAUUGUGGAGAUGUUUUUCCGGUUUCUUGAUAUAGUUUUUCUAUUAUGAACUUCUCCCCUUUCCCAAAAAAUGUGCAUGAUGACAGUCAUAAUUAGUUUAAGCUAUAGUUGUCAAGAUGUAUGUCUUGAAUUCAUAUGUGACUGAAACCAUUUGAGUAUGUACCUUUUGAAUGUUAUUACUUUAUUUAAUGUGUUCUUUGUCUUAUAAGAUCACUGUUUAUGAUUAAGAUGAUUAAAUAUUCUCUUUUCUAUAGUUGGUGUACUGUAAUACAGAAUACUAUUAUCUAUUCAGUUAGAUAUUGGAUAUACAAGUCUGUAUGUAUUUGAUUUAUUCUCAUUUGAAAAGUAUUGUUAUCAAAUAUCAACCAUAUAUAUUUUUGGAAAUGGGGUUGAGUGGAGUCCAUCUAAAAGGAAAAACAAUAAAAAUUAUUGGCAAAACUUUGAUAACAAAUGAAAAAUGUUAAAUUUUCCUUAUGUCUGUAGAUUUAAGAGUUUACUCUGUAUCCUCCCAGAGAAAAGAAAUCUAAAAUUGGUAUGGGUGUGAUGUGCUCUAUUAUUCAUGGCACGUAGUUAUUUGAAGGGUUAUUUCUGUAACCCAUGUGCUUCAUGUAUGCUUUCAAGGUAGAUUCGUAUUCAAUCACGUCAACCAUCUCACAUAAAAAGAUUAAAGUAGCUGCUGAGAGAUAUAUUCUGACUGUAGGCCUUGCUGAACUGCUAUCAGCUAAAUCGUCAUUGAAUAAUCAGUCAGUUAGAAACUAUCAGUGUCAAGUAGAAUGGUUGGCUGGCCUUUCUUGUAUUAUAAAUGAAGUAUAUAGGAAGUUUAGGAAAAUCUAUAUAGCAGGGACAUUAUUUAUUUUAUUUUUGAUUGUUUAGAAUAUUUUUUUGUAAGUAGAGUCUGGCCUUUUCCUCACAUAUGUUUUUUUUAUAGAAUUAUGCUUUAGUGAACAGUAACUGGUACAGUGCUCUGUUCCCGAAAUCAAGCAGGAUAUAAAGGGUCAGCAGAAGAGUAGACUAUUAGUUUGUUUUCCAUAAUUUUAAUUUUUUUUUUUCCCCUAAUUUCCAGAAAGAUUCUUUUCUAUAUCUGCUAAAAUUAUAAUUACAACAUGGGGUGAACUAGCAAGGAAAAGCAGUGAUAUGCUUUGUGGUGAUGUUAACUAUUAGCUUAUCAUACGUGUCUUUCUUUGAGGGUUUAGGACGAACAAUCACUGGAUUAAUUGAACAUCAACUGAA